AUGGCACACACUACUACAGAAGACGGUUAUGUCCUUGUUACAGGUGGAGCAGGCUAUAUUGGCUCACAUACCGUAAUUGAACUUAUCAACAAUGGAUAUAAAGUAGUCAUUGCUGAUAACUUGUCAAAUUCAUCUUAUGAUGCUGUGGCAAGAAUUGAAUACAUUGUUAAGCAACACGUUCCCUUUUACAACGUCGAUAUCAAAGAUUUCAACCAACUAAACCAAGUAUUCCAAGAUUAUAAUAUUUCCGGAGUAAUCCACUUUGCGGCCUUGAAGGCAGUUGGAGAAUCAACAAAGAUCCCUCUUAAAUACUAUGAAAAUAACGUUACCGGUACAAUCACUUUACUAAAUGUUUGUAUGGAGAACAAUGUCAAAACAAUUGUAUUUUCUUCAAGUGCUACUGUUUACGGAGAUGUCACUAGAUUCGGUCCAACUGAAAUGAUCCCAAUACCAGAAACGUGUCCAACGGAUCCAACUAAUCCGUAUGGGAAAACCAAAUAUGUCAUUGAACAAAUUUUGAAAGAUAUUCAUGCAGCUGAUCCUCUAUGGAAAGUUGCCAUAUUGAGAUAUUUCAACCCCAUAGGUGCACAUCCUUCGGGAUUGUUGGGUGAGGAUCCUUUGGGAAUUCCAAACAAUUUAUUACCUUAUCUAGCUCAAGUGGCAAUUGGCAGGAGAGAAAAAUUGUCUGUUUUUGGUAAUGACUACGACUCUCAUGAUGGAACUCCUAUUAGAGAUUAUAUACACGUGGUCGAUUUGGCAAAGGGUCAUAUUGCUGCAUUGGACUAUUUGAAGAAGCUAAAUAAAGAAGGAUUAUACAGGGAGUGGAACUUAGGUACAGGUAAGGGGUCUACCGUAUUUGAUAUUUACUAUGCAUUUUGCAAAGCUGUUGGUAGAGAAUUGCCUUAUGAGGUGGUUUGCAGAAGACAAGGUGAUGUUUUGGACCUAACAGCGAAACCAGAUCGAGCAAACACGGAGUUGAAGUGGAGAGCAGAAUUGAGUAUUCAAGAUGCUUGUAAAGAUUUAUGGAAAUGGACGGUGGAGAAUCCCUUUGGAUUCAACAUUGAGAAUUACAAAUGGGAAAGCUUUGGCUUCGAUAAUGAUAGAAAACAUAUAUUUAAAAAUGAAGAUUUAAAAGUAAGUAUAUGCAAUAGAGGAGCAUUAAUUCAGGAUAUCAAUUUUGCAGGUGAAAAGCUUGUGUUGGGGUUUGAAAAUGCUGAAGAUUACAAAGACGAGAGUAAUCCAUAUUUUGGAACCACUAUUGGCAGGUAUGCAAACAGGAUUAAAAACGGAGAGCUCAACUUGAAUGACAAGACUUACAAGCUCACCAAAAAUGAAGGCAACAACACCUUGCACUCGGGAUUGAACGGGUUUGAUAAACAAAACUUUUUCGGACCUGUUGUAAAAUUCAAAGAUGGAGAAUUUGAAGCACUUUUCAAAUCAGUUGACAAGGAUGGCAAUGAUGGAUUCCCAGGGGAAUUGGAGACUAUUGUACGUUACAAAGUGGGCAAAUCGUCUCUCGAAUUUGAAUACGAGAGCAAACUAGUAAAAGGAGACACAACAGCUGUGAAUUUGACGAACCAUAGUUAUUUCAACACUUGUCAUCAAAGUACAAUCGAUGGCACUGAGUUCAAACUAAGUACAAACAAGAUUAUGGAGGUUGAUGAACUUAAACUUCCAACUGGUAAAAUUAUUAGUACAGAUGUGCCAGCGAAGCUCACUUUAGGCGUAUCUUUUGAUACAUGUUUUGUUGUUGAUGAAAAGGAUAGAUCUCUCGAUACUAGGUCUAACCAAUUGCGUGAACUCAUAGAGUUCACCCAUCCGAAUUCAAAUACCAUUUUCACUAUCUCAUCUACAGAGCCUGCUUUCCAAUUUUAUACAGGUGAAGGAAUAAAUACAAGCCAGUUUGGUAGUAGAAGUGGGUUUUGUAUUGAACCUUCAAGAGUUUUAAAUGCAAUUAAUUUGAAAGAGUUCAACAAACAGGUGAUCUUGGAAAAGGGACAAAUUUACGGAGCAAGAAACAAAUACGAGUUUACAAAGAAGAAGUAG